ACAGCGGCACUCUGCUACCUGCCAACGCGGUUCUCAUGGAUGGUCGAGUUUUAUCACACAGAGAUUCCAACUGCAUAUCGUGAUCUUGGAUUGGGCGAUCGAUUGGUGGUCCAUGGGUUCCAAUGGGCCGAGACCGCGAAGCUGCUGGUCAUCCCUACGUGUCCCUUUGUCCGGCGAUACCUGGCCAAGAAUAAGGCAGCCUAUGAUUGUGUCGUGCAAAGUGAAAAUGAAGGCUUGUCGCGUCUAUUAACACCACCUUCUUCUGAAGAAGAUGCUGUCGUGACUGUAGAAUAA